AUGGCUUCCCUUCAACGCCGCGUUGCAAUUGCAUUCUUGGACACGUUCAAGGAUCUGGAUAUUGAGUCCAAUCUUGCUCUGAGGACGCCUGAUUGCGUCCAUACUAUGGCUCCUGCAACAUUAGGCAUGAAGAGUAUGUCAAACGCCGAGUUCGCAUCGCACCUUUCGUCUUUGAAGGAGAAGAUUUCAGCAAUACCUGUCACCCCCAAGGAGAUAUUUGAAGGAGGUAACCUUAUCACCGUCUGGGCAACCAGCACAACGACGUUUCGCGACGAAGUGAAAGAUGAGGACUUGACAGUGGACUGGAGCUAUGAGGGGGAAUACAUCUUCGUCUUCACCUUCAACCAAAGUGGGGACAAAAUUCAACAUAUCCUCGAGUUUCUCGACAGUAAGAAGGUGGAUAAGGCACGAACAUUGCUCCAGCGAGCCGGGCGUAACUUGGAACCGAGGAAAGGGAACAGGUAG